CCGGCGCUGGAGCAGGUAAAACAGGCUGAACCUGCGCUGGGCGUCACGGGAGUUGGGAAGAAAACCGCUUGUCGCGGCUCCAAGUUCUCACAGGGCAAGCGGAGGCGAGCGAGCACCCAGCCACCUACCGACCUACCUACCUGUGUGGUCGCGUAAGACCCUCCAGAACCCAGAACACAAGGGGGCGAACGCAUCCGGAAUGCAUGACCUGGACAGCAAUCAGAGCGUGUAAACAGGGGCGCAAGAGUGUUGAACUGAAUCCCGGAUAAACAUAUUCAAGAAAGUAGCUUUGAAAGCUACACCGAAGGUGGCUGAGUGACGGAAAGAGAGAGAGGGAGAGGGAGGGAGGCAGAGAGAGAGAGAGAGAGAGAGAGAGGCGGUUAGUGAGGGCGAUGCAUGUUACUAACUAGUGUACCUGCUACUGAGUUACAGCAAGUGGCAGAAAGACAAGGACCGGCUGAAACAUCGAACAGCAGUGGAAUAUGGAGGAUAGUGCAGCAGCCAUAACAUUGGAGCUACAGGCCGACGACCCAUCCACAGGUGACGGUGCUAGCCUCACCCCCGCCGCCUCCGUCUGCGGGCUGUCCGACCAGGAUUGCGCGAUCUGCUUCUCGCCCUUCGACAAUGUCUUCAAGCUGCCGAAGCUGCUGAAGUGCGGGCAUACCUUCUGCCUCGAGUGCCUGGCCCGCAUGAAUGUGUCCUCGGACAAUGUCAGCUCGGUCACCUGCCCCUUCUGCCGCCACCUCACCCCGCUGCCGUCGGGCAAGGGGCUGCCCGCACUCAACAACAACCAGGCCGUGCUGUCCCACCUGCCCUCGGGCAUGCAGACCGUGCCCUCCAUCCGCUUCAGCCGGGACAAGGGCAAGCUCUACACCAAGGCUCCCGACCCGGGCUCCUUCCUCAAGCCCGUCAACAGCAUCAGCAUGAGUCUGGACGUGGGCCAGCCGGCGACCAGGGGACUGGGCAACAGACAGAACAUGCCCUACCGCUCCAGGUGGUGCUACUACAUGGCCAUCUUGUGCGUGGUGCUCCUCACCGUCGCCCUGGUCGUCUCCGGGGUCUUUAUCUUUGUCAUCGUGCCCUCCGUCACCUCCUUAGGACAGAACUCGACGGGAUCCUCAUCAUCCCCCUAACCCCAACAACCCCCCCAAACCCCCAACCAUCGAGGACAUGCUCCAUCAGUGCCAGGGACUUCAAAAGCCGAGCUUGGACACUUGUCCUACAACAUCUCUCUCUGGCCCCUCUGCCCCGGGAUUUUUGUCCUCACGAAGCCAUCAACAAACUCAUCAGGGAUAGACACAGCCACAAACUCAACAUGGCAAAGAUUUUUGCCCUCAUCGACCCAGCAACAAACUCAUCUGGGCCUGGACUUUGCUGGUAAAGACCCAACACAAACUCAACUCAAUGAUCGCCCCCUCAACAUCGGACCUCCCACGUGAUGGUCUUCCUCUUGGUCCUCUCGCCUACAGUCACAGGACAUGGUUGGUGGACAGUGCCAAUGUAUCUCAGAACAUCUCCCCAGCUCUGUGGACCAUCCCAGUCACCAGGGGGGAGUGCGAAUUGGAGGACGAUCCCGUGUCAGGAGAUGCCAUCUCAGGCUUCCUCAACAGUACUGUACCGUCCGAAGCAGGGUGUGCUUUUGGGAGCAGAUUCCAAAGCUUGGGAUCCAGUGAACUGAAGAGACUGAUCAAUGAAACUGACAUCUGUGAGAGUGAGAGGAGAUGUACUCUAUAGAUGGGCAGAUGGAGGUGCAGGGAGUAGAGGGGUAUGAUCAUGUAUAGGCAGAUGAGAUCAGUCUAGCUUGGGGUGGUACAUUGUCACAGCAAUAGAAUUGUUGCCUUAUAGCUCCACAGACUCGGAUUCGAUCCUGACUAUGGGUGCUGUCUGUACAGAGUUGUUCUUUCUCCCCAUGACCUGCAUGGGAUUUUUCUAGGUGCUCCAGUUUCCUCCCAUAUUCCAGAGACAUGUAGGUCAAUUGGCUUCGGUAACAAUUGCAAAUUGUGUAGGAGCGUGCCUGUGUGCGGGGAUUGCUGGUCGGUGCCGACUCGGUGGACUGAAGGGCCCAUCUCCGCACUGUAUCUCUAAACUAAAUUAAACUUAAAUCAAAAUCUUUUUUAUUUAGUUUUCAGGAU